CGUCUCUAUGGUGGCGGCGGAUUCGCAGCGACCGAACGAUCCCGGGACUCAGGAAUCACCGCUGUCGUCUGUUUCCUGCGCGCCUGCGAUUCGGCCCCGUCUCCGCUAGGAUGUUCCGCCGGGAGCGCUCUAUUCCGCUGCGAGGUUCGGCUGCAGCCCUGUGCAACAACCUCAGUGUGCUGCACGUACCCGCCCGCAACCUCACACAUUUUGGGGUGGUCCAUGGACCCAGCGCCCAGCUUCUCAGCGCUGCUCCUGAGGGUGUGCCGUUGGCCCAGCGCCAGCUCCACGCUAAGGAAGGAGCUGGAGUGAGCCCUCCACUUAUCACCCAGGUCCAUUGGUGUGUCCUCCCUUUCCGGGUGUUGCUGGUACUCACCUCACAUCGAGGAAUACAGAUGUACGAGUCAGAUGGCUCUGUCAUGGUUUAUUGGCACGCCCUGGACUCUGGAGACGUGUCUCCAGUACAGGGUGUGUUUGCCCGAGGAAUUGCUUCCAGUGGCCACUUCAUCUGUGUGGGAACAUGGUCAGGCCGGAUACUGGUAUUUGACAUCCCAGCCAAGGGUCCCAACAUUGUACUGAGUGAAGAGCUGGCUGGACACCAGACAUCAGUCACAGACAUUGCAACUGAGCCUGCCCAGGGACAGGACUGCGUGGCUGACAUGGUGACAGCAGAUGACUCAGGCUUGCUAUGUGUCUGGCAGUCAGGGCCCGAAUUCAAAUUAAUGACCCGAAUUCCAGGAUUUGGGGUCCCGUGCCCUUCUGUGCAGCUAUGGCACGGGAUGGUCGCAGCAGGCUACGGGGAUGGGCAAGUGCGUCUGUAUGAGGCCAGUACAGGAACUCUGCACGUCCAGAUCAGCGCCCAUGCCCGGGCCAUCUGUGCCCUGGACUUGGCUCCCGAGGUGGGCAAGCUUCUCUCUGCAGCCGAGGACACCUUUAUACACAUCUGGAAGCUGAGCAGAAGCCCGGAGAGUGGCCACACUGAGGUGGAACACUGUCAUGGUGAGUGUGUACCUGACACCCAGGUCUGUGGUGCCCGAUUCUGUGACCCCUCAGGCAGCUCCUUUGCUGUGACUGGCUAUGACCUUGCUGAGAUCCUGAGAUUCAGCAGCGCGUGAGAAGAGCAGCCCUCCUUUCUCCCUGCCGUAUUUAUAAAGGAACCCUCCACCCAGCCCUUGUCUGUUUACUCAGUAUCACAGGCGACGAUCAGUCAGCUCAGCUCCAGGGAUGAGGGUA